GACUCGACAGUGCCAAUGGACCGUGUUAUAACACCUUAUCACCGUAUCAAUAGAACUUUCCUGACGAUUAUUGGCCUUUGGCCACUGCAGUCAUCAAUAUCUAGAUAUUCUUUUUAUACAUUUACAUUAUUGGUUACUAUUACUCAUGGAUAUUUGCAGACUGCUGGUAUGGUUGCCGCCAUAGUUGACAUCGAUGUCUUUUUGGAGGCGAUACCCACGGUCUUGGCCGAUGUUGUUUGCUAUUUCAAAUAUUUCAAUUUUAGCAUUAAUGCGGCAAAAAUGAAAAAACUUUUGCUCAUAAUCGAGGAAGACUGGAAACAUUAUACAGCAGGAGAAGAGCUUGACAUACUGAACGAAUACGCGCAAUUUGGGAGGAAGGUGACUGUUUAUUAUGCGGGUGCGUUAUAUGGAUCUCUCAUACCGCUAAUGCUGACGCCUCUAGUACCCAUUGUCCUGGACGUCGUAAUGCCCAUGAAUGUGAGUUACCCGAAACACCUGAUGUUUCAACAGAUUGAAUUUCUAUUGGAUUUUGAAUCCUACUUAUUUCCACUCAUAAUUCACGGAUACAUUGGAACAGCCGGCUACCUCACCAUCAUCAUUGCCAUCGAUACCAUGUUGAUGGUGUACAUUCAGCAUGCUUGUGCGCAAUUCUCAAUAGUCCGAUUAAUGCUGGAACGAUUGGCCAAAGUCGACGCUGAUGACGCUGAUUGUCACACUCCCGAGUUUGACGAAAUAGAUUAUAAAAAUAUGGCGGCCUGCAUCGAAAGGCACAACCAUGCAAUAGCAUUUUGCGAUCUCAUAGAAGAGGCUAAUUACAUGUCUUUCACCUUCAUCGUCGGAAUCAACAUGCUGAUGAUGACUUCCUCAGCUCUAGUGGCAGUUUUUAAAAUGGAUAACCCCGACGUCGCUGGAAAAUUUGUGGCCUUCACCAUAGGCGAAAUGUUUCAUCUUUUCUACAGUAAUUGGCAGGGGCAAUUACUCCAGGAACACAGUGAAUCUGUAUUCUCCAAUGUGUACAAUGCGAGAUGGAACUACACAUCGGUUCGUACCCAACGACUCAUCAUUCCUCUGUUAAUGAGAAGCACAAAACCCUGUAGAAUGACAGCUGGAAAAAUGUACACCAUGUCCUUGAGAAGCUUCAGCGAGGUUGUGAAGACGUCUUUUUCAUACCUCACAGUUUUUACAUCGAUGCGAGCGUAACAAACUUGCCUCAGUAAUAUGCAACCAUUAUUAUUCGCCACGUGCAUUUCCACUAAAAAAAGAAAAAAAACUAAUAAGCAAGGAUCAAUAAUAAUGAGUUACAUAAACUAAUGAUUGAUGAUUGAUCAUAUAUUCAUUUAAAUGACUGAUAUUUUUGUAUUGGGAAUGCACUUCAAUCGACUCAUCACAUUUAUCAUCCCCAUUA